GUCAUUUAUCACAUCGUGGGAUUUACCAAUGUAUGGGUGUGCAGGGAGCCACUCACUGUAUAUGGACAGCCACUGACCCGGCAUAUACUUGGCUGCAAAAGGGAUAUAUCUCAUCACUGGGUAACUCCUGGACAUUUCACUGUUGGCUGCUAUAGGGGGCUUUGGCAUCUCGCUGCCUCCUCGAUCUGUCCCUUUCUAGGGUCUGUUAGCCCCUUGCAGGGUACUUAGUAUAUGAUCCCAAGUGCAGUGCUGUGUAUUUAGUAUCAAGCUGCUUAUGCCUCCCGGAGCACCCCUGUACCUACCAGUGAUGCCACUCAAGCACAGCUCAACUGUGGACCUUGAAAAGCUGGCACUGGAGCACAUAACACCCCAGCUGCUCUCAUCUGGCUACUGUUAUCUGGAUAACUUUUUGGGGGAAGAGGUGGGGAGCAGGGUGCUGGAGCAGGUCUGGCGGUUGCACAAGGAUGGGGCCCUGAAGGAUGGCCAGCUGGCUGGAGAUCUUCAUGGUGUCUCCAAGAAGCAUCUGCGAGGGGACAAAAUCGCCUGGAUCGCCGGCACGGAGGAAGGCUGCGAAGCCAUUGGACUGGUUCUGUCUGUGAUUGACCGGUUGGUGGUGCUAUGUGGGACCCGACUGGGCGAGUACUACGUGAAGGAGAGGUCCAAGGCGAUGGUAGCGUGUUACCCCGGCAAUGGUGCUGGAUACGUGCGGCAUGUGGACAACCCCACCGGAGACGGCCGCUGCAUAACCUGCAUCUAUUACUUGAACAAGAACUGGGAUGCAAAGACACAUGGUGGCAUCUUAAGAAUCUUCCCCGAAGGUGGCUCUCGCGUGGCCGACAUUGAGCCACUUUUUGACCGGCUGCUCUUUUUCUGGUCUGACAGACGCAACCCGCAUGAGGUGCAGCCAUCCUAUGCCACCAGAUACGCUUUAACCGUCUGGUAUUUUGAUGCCCACGAACGAGCAGAAGCCAAGCAGAAAUUCAAGAGGUUGAACGAGUCCAAGCAUGACACCUCUACCAAAAGCAGCUGACUUUUCAGCUAAAGAGACGUGACGCCGGAUGCCCUCCUUUGCCUCUCUCCUCUGCUGGCCAGACUGUUGAGAUCUGCACUUUAUUUAGGAGAAGCCAAUGCUUCAGAAUGAUAGUUGUACAAGUACCCCCCCCCCCACACACACACACUGCCUGCCCCUUAUCAUUUCAGGAUUUGUCUCAACAAGGUUGAACUCUGGACUCCUCCAGAAAAGAAAAAAAGAA